CGCCCACCCCGGACCCGCCUGCACUGCCUGCUCUCCGCUCGGUGCCUGGGUGCUCUCUCCAUGCAUUGCAUCUCCUAGCAACACCCGGGUGCGAGCUUCACACCUCGUUCCACGUCCAUUCUCCAAGCCUGGUCUCGACUGAUUGCGCCAUGGCUGCCGCCGUGCUUGACCCUCGCGCCAUUGCGCUCGUCGGAGCCCCGGAUGGCGACGUCGGUUUCAAGGAUGCCAAACACCCGCCCGUCCAGGCCAUGCAGGUCGACAUCGCCCAGGACAUUGUCGACGAGCUCCUGGAAAGCGCCUCGACCGGAAAGCUGCCCCAGAUCAUCUUUGGACGCACUCCUCAACUCAAGUAUGGCGACAAGACGCACAUGCUGCAGAGCAGCACCGAACUCCACCGAUACGAACUCUACUCGUCCAGCGGGACGGACAGCCAUGCCGACCACUUCGAAUUCGCCGGCUUGAUCCACCACAGUCUCACGGUACACCAGGCGGAACAUGUGACGGCAGGCGUAGACUCGGCCCUGGAGCAGCUGAGGAGCAACAUGGCAGCCAUCUCAGAGUUCAAGGAAGCCAACAAGACAAUCGUCGCCGAUGCUGCCCCAGGACGCUCACAGGCCCACCGCCGUUUCCCUUCGACGGGCUUUAAGCCCUCACACCUCGCGCCCGCCAAGAUUGGCUCGCCCCUGCUGAGCGCGCCCUCGUCGCCCCUGCACAAGCGCCCGCCCACGUCGCAGCCCACAAACAGCCACGAUGUCGUUGUCAACGCCCUCCGCGUUCCCGUCAUGCACCUGCUUGCACGCGAGCCCGCCACCGAGGCCUCGCUCGCCGCAACCUGCCGCACCUCGCUGGCCAACAUUAGAGAUGUCCUGCCCAAGAUUGCAAAGCGCUCCACGACCGACACGGACAAGUGGCAGCUGACGGACAAGUCGUUUCGUGAAGUCAACCCCUACAAGUUCCCCUAUCAGAGCGCCGAGGAUCGCCAGCAAGCCAUCGACGGCGCCAUCAAGUCGUUUGACCGCCAGCGACUGUCCAAGGACGACAAGCUCUGGCAGAUUCUGCUGCCCCAGGACCAGCGCGGCCAGGGCAUAUGUUUGUCGCGCUCGACAGUCAAGGCGCCCGAGGCCAAGCCAAAAGCAAGCACUCCGAUACACAAGAUCUCGGACCUCACCAAGAAGAAGCCCGUGGCCAAGAAGACGGCCGAUAAGCCCCCUGCGGAGAAGAAGGCCAGGGCCACCAAGGAUGGCGAGACCAAGCAGAAAGCAGCCGCAAAGGAAAUGGAGAUUAAGCCCAAGUCGUCCAUCAAGGAAAAGUACCUGGCCCGCCAGAAGCUGGCGGUGAAGGAGGUGAAGGAGGAACCCACAAAAGCUUCGACCCCAGCCACGUCCACACCCCCGACCUCGACUCCUGGUACAGCCCCACCCUCUGCCGAAGCCUCCAAAGCCCGCACCAAGAAACCAAGUGCCCCCGAAGGCAACGCCCCGGCACGCACCAACAAGCCCAAGAUGUCUGGCCGGGAUGCGCAGAGAGAGCGUCCUGUGCAGAGGCCGUUCAAGCCCACAAUGCCGGUCAACACCAAGCCCAAAAACCCCUCGCCCCUUUCGGCCUCGCCGCCCGUCAACGCCAGCGACUUUGAAGAGUCUCAUCCCGUGCACAAGGCCCUUGCGGCAGCUGUGUCGCCUGCCAAAUCCUCUGCCAACUCUGACCGUUCGCUCAAGCGCAAGGCCAACGACGUGGAUGCCGACACUCCGGCGCGCAACCCCAUGGCGAAGAAGGCGCAAGUCGAGCGCCCAACGCCCAACCAGACGCCUUCGUCGACCAGCUCAAUCAAACGCAAAUGUGACGACUCGUCGUCGUCGACUACGCCGUCGACGGGGCCCAAGGUGCGCAAGGUGGCCAACAUCGACACGGGCCUGGCGUCGCGCUAUCACCACAACAACCCCCGUGCGUCGCCGGGCGCGUCAUCGUCGUCGACGACUUCACCGUCGAUGCCGAGCCUGAGCUUCCGGCAGACGGUGGAGCUGUCGCAAAAGUUCCAAAAAUACUACAAAAAGUACGAAGAGCUGUACUGGGAGCUGACGGAAGCCGAGAAGCCCCCAACCGAGGCUCAGCGAAACGACUUGCUGAAGAUGCAUAAGAAACUGGAAGAAAUGAAAAGGGAGAUCAAAGCGGGCGCGGGCAUGCACCACCGAUGAAGGAGCAGUGCGCCUUGCCGGUUAUGAGACCCGCCCCAACUCCAUCGGCGCUUGAUUUAUUACAGCACUGCUUGCAUUAUAUAUACCCACGGCCUACCAGUCUGACGAGGAUGGCGGCGAUUUGCAUACCCCGAAAAGGAGUUUGGAAACGGAUUUCUGAUUUGACCUGGCGUUUGUACCGCACAGACGCCGAAUGGAGCAUUUUGGGAGACGGUGUUUAUGUCUUGUCUUGUCCUUUUUUUUGGUCAUGUUUUCUUUGGCCGCUCGAGUGCGGUUCGCCGACAGUUAUUGUCAAUGUCCCAUGAAUGCGAUGAUCAGUUGAUGCCGGCAGUUACACAAAAAAGGUUUUGUUUCCGAGGUGGCAGGCA